AUGACGGAGAAGGAUGUUACCAAGCCCGACCCUGAGGCGCCGGCGGCACCCGGCGGCACGCCGCCUACUAGUGACGAUGAAUGGGAGCGCCAGAAGCUGGCGGAUGCCGAGACCAUGAGAAAGCUACUCGAUCAGGACUCCAACGGACAGGUCAACAUUCUUCCCGAGGAGUACAUGAAUGCGGAUUACAGGUUCGACCAGAGCGGAAAGGCCGACGACGCCGAAGACUUUGAGGAUAUCAGCGAUGACGACCUGCCCGAGGAGGAGGAAACUGCGGCCACUCAGACCGCAUCGGCUGAGCUGCCUGGCUUGACGGACGAUGGCGGCACGAGCAACGACAAUGACGAUCUCUGGGGCGAGGGCGACGGCGAGGGCGAGGGCGAUGCUGAUCUUGGACCGUCGUCGCCAUUAAUAGGCGCGCCAUCAUCGCCUCCACCAGAAGCGACUGACGAUGCCGACGCUGAUACUAUGGACACAAGCCCCAACGCGAACGAUAGGGAAGAUUCGGCGCCAUACAAACCCAGUGACUUUGACAUCAACUUCCCCGCCGCAGACUACUCGCUCAACCAGGAUCCAAGCAUCCCUGCGGUUGCGCAGACCGAACUGGAGCUUGUCAAGUCUGUGUGGCCUACGUUUGAUACUGGCACACAGUUUGACUGGAACCGGCUCCUUCCACCAAAGAAGGCGACUUGGGUGGGCAAAAAGCCGACGCGCGCUCCAAAACCACUGGCCCCUACCAAGCUCAGCUUGGAUCUUGACGUGGACCAGGAGAAAACCUUUCGUGUGCCAGGUCCAGCUGCGGGGACAACCCGGCAGAAGAUCCGCGAUGCCGAAUCUAAGGGCCUCGUCUCGUGCCUUGUUCCGGAGCCUAUUGAGGAGGCCGACAUCACCAUCUUUAGUAGAGAGCUGGAUGACGACAACGAAACGGUUGGAGGUUUUACACUGGCCGAUAUCGAAACGAUCUGCUUUGAUUUCGAGUCCAUGAUUGAUGCCGGGCAGCCGAUCUCGCCGCCGCUUACGCCUACCCUGAAUGCUCACGGCGAUGAUGAGGACGACUGGGACAAGAUGUUCCUGGAUUCGCAGCCGGCAGCCAAGCGCCGUAAGAUCGAGGUUGAAAGGGGGCUGCCCAGAAUACCACGGUUUGUGGCACCCAGCUUCGACCAGUUCGAGGAGGCCACGGCCAGGGCAGCCAAGCGCGUGCAUCUGGACUUUGCAGACCCGCACCUACUCAUCGAAGAGCAGACUGCCAAGCAUCGCAAGCUGAACAACACCAAGGCCGCUAAUGGCCGCCUCGGCCGUAACGCUCUGUCGCGCUUCAACUUUGCCAACGAUGAACAGUACGAGAACCUCAAGCUCAACCACAAGCACAAGGUCCGCGCCACCAUUGGAAACAUGGCAGUCGAGCACAGUAUCCCCGCCAUCAAGCUCCUGUGGCCGUACUACUCGGUCAAGCCGGAAGCCAUCCAGCCGUACGACUACCACAGGCCACUGUUGCAGACCAACAAGGGCGCUGGUGACUGGGUCAGGUUUGCGCAGCCGACCAAGCGGAAACGCAAGAUUGAGAAGAACCGCAAGGUUCAAGAGACAUUUGCUUCUUCCAAGGACCUGACGCUCAAUGACAACUCCUACGUGGUGCUUUUUGAGUAUUCUGAGCAGAUCCCCACAGUACUCUCCAAGUUUGGCAUGGGUAACAAGAUUGUCAAUCACGCGCGGAAAAGAACAAAUACCGAGGACGAGUCAUCUGUGGUCGACAAGAAGAUCUAUGAGCUUGGUGAGGAGAACAUCCUCACCACCGAGGACAAGUCUCCAUUUUCAACCUUUGGACGCGUUGAGCAGGGCGAGGUGGUGCCAACCCUUACGAAUGCGAUGUAUCACGCUCCCAUAUUCAAGCACCAACCAAGAAAAACCGACUUCAUCCUUGGGCGCAGCACCACUGGUAGAGAAGGACCUUUCUACUACCUCCGCAAGAUUGACCACCUCUACGUCGUUGGCCAGAACUUCCCUUCGAUGGAGGUUCCUGGUCCCCACUCGCGAAAGGUGACGACUCUCAGCAAGAACCGUAUGAAGAUGAUUGCAUAUCGGUUGAUUCAUGCCAAGGGCGCAGUUGAGCUGCCCGAGAUGACGAAACACGUCAAGGGAUCCACGGAUCCUCAAAACCGGCAAAAGCUAAAGGAAUUUUUAUCAUACGACAAGAAUAUCAAGGCCUGGAAGAUAAAGGAGUCCGAUACCCUCCUGGACAAGGACUCGAUCGACAAGAUGAUCAAGCCCGAGGAUGUUUGUCUCAACGACGCGCAUCAGGUUGGCGCAGGCGAACUCCUUAUCAACGGGUACACUGUGUCCAAGGUUGAGGAAAACGACCACGACCUCGAUGACGGGAACGAGCAGUCGUUCGCCAAGUCAAUGUCGCCCUGGAACACAACCAAGGCCUUCAUCGAUGCAUGCGCAGGCAAGGCAAUGGUGCGCCUGCGUGGCCCCGGCGACCCGACGGGGCAUGGUCUUGGAUUCAGCUUCAUAAAGACCUCUAUGAAGGGUGGUUAUAUGGAGGCGCUGCAAAAGGACCGCGGCCCGGGCAACACGGCCAACGACGCCAUGACGAUAGAGGCGCAGCGCAAAGACGCCAACGGGCACUCGUACAACGUCAAGCAACAGGAGGAACUGUACAACAAGGAGAUCGGCGAGAUCUGGACCAAGCAGAAAAUGACACUCUCCGACCCUAUGGAGCAUGACGACGAGGACAUGCAGAAGAUGGAUGACGAAGACGACAGGUUCUAUGGGAACGGGAGCGUCAGCGCCAACGCCUCUUUUGCACAGAGCGGCAACUUUGGCGGCUCACAGGCACCAGCCUCAAGCGUUAUCCCACCAACGCCCGGCGGCAUCGGUGGCAGCACCGUAAUAGAUGACAAGACGAGCGUGUUUAGUCGACGCAGCGCAACUGAAAUCGGCGGUGCUAGCGGCGUUGGCGGUGGCAGGAAGAAGAUGCUCAAGAUUUACAGGAAGAUGGCUGACGGCGGCGAAGAGACGGUGGAGAUGGUGUUUGAUGAGAAGGUCAUGAAGCGAUACAUUGACCAGAGGAGAGAGGCUAGGUCGAAUGAGAUUGAUGUCUUCAGCGAGAACAUCGGGUUCACCAACGACGAAGAGUACAAUGCGGCCAUGAUACAGCGCAUCAACCAAGAGCAAGCACGCCUCAUCCGCAACAAAGAGCGACGCCUCCAGCGGGAGAAGAGCAAGAGCAAGCUCGGCCCCUCUGUUGCUGCGGCACGAGCCAGUACUCCCAGCGGUGGGCCCAACGACCCGGACUCGCCAGCUCCGAGCAUCGAGAAGGGUGCCGGUGCACCUGCUGGAGGCACGUCUAGGAAGUGCGCCAACUGUGGGCAGGUGGGACAUAUCAAGACCAACAAAAAGUACAGGCGCCCCUUUCAUGACGAUUCUGACGUUUUCCCAACUUUUAUCUACUACACUUGUCGACGUUGCGUCCACAAGCUGCUGCGGCCUAGAAAGGGAAACAAGGUUUCUGCUUCUGCCGUUGCUUGGGCUCACUAG